GGAUCCUCCAGAUGCCGAGCCCCGUCCUAUAUGAAUCCCAGGCUCCGCCUCCGACGCCGCUCCUCCAAACCCUAGCCCCAGAGCAGCCGACACUACCUGCCCCUCUCUCGUCCGGCGGCGUUCGGCAGGAUGGCGGCGUCUACGGCGAGGACGGUGAAGGAUGUCAACCCCCAUGAGUUCGUCAAGGCCUACUCUGCCCACCUCAAGCGCUCCGGCAAGAUGGAGCUCCCAGAGUGGGUUGACAUCGUGAAGACUGCGAGGUUCAAGGAGCUCCCUCCGUAUGACCCUGACUGGUACUACACCAGGGCUGCAUCCAUUGCGAGGAAGAUCUACCUGAGGCAAGGCAUUGGUGUUGGUGGCUUCCAGAAGAUUUACGGUGGCCGCCAGAGGAAUGGCUCCCGCCCACCGCACUUCUGCAAGAGCAGUGGUGCCAUUUCACGCAACAUCCUGCAGCAGCUGCAGAAGAUGGGCAUCAUUGAUGUCGAUCCCAAGGGUGGACGGCUCAUCACGGCUCAGGGAAGGCGUGAUCUGGAUCAAGUGGCUGGAAGGGUUGCUGUUGAAGCUUGAGGAGUCAUCUUCAGUUUCAAUGAUGUCAUGUUGAGAUGGCUAGACUUUAAUCGCACCUUUGUCAUGUUUUGAUGGUUGAGAUGGCUAAACAUUAUUUUGCACUUUUGGAUUAGGAUUUGAGUUCAGAGAACUUUAAGAUUUGAUGCAUCUAGCUAUGUGAUAUCAAAACUCAUUUUGGAACCAAAUAUAAAUAUGCAUGUCGUGUCUUCCUUUUGGUACA